CCGGUCAGCAACCGUGGCCUUUCCCUCUCUCUCUCGCUACGCCAGGUGGCCAGGUCUUCAGGGUCGCGGCCGCCCUAAGCAAGUGCCCAGGUCAUCUUCGGGCCCUUCGCCGGCGACGAGCGUCACCAGGAAGUAACUCGAGUAGUACUGAGAAAUGAAUUUCCUGUACCGAACUUCGCAGCCUGCGGCACCUGAGUUGCCAAGAAUUUCAGAGCAAGAUGAUCAUGGCGAUUCCUUACGAAAGCCAACUAUGACACUGGAGGGCCUCAUCGCAGAUGAUCCACACCUGCCCUCCUCCGCCCGCAGUGAAGAUGGAGAUGCUAAUAAAGGUUCCGGGAAUAUCAGCAGAGAUCCUUCAUCUCUAGAUUCAAAAAGUCCGGUCCCACCGUGGACACAUACUGAUGUAGCGGAGGACGAAGGGUGGAUCACAAUUCCAUACAAGGCACUUCCUGAAAGUUGGAAUGAUAUUUCAGAAAUGGUACAGUUGCAGGCUCUGGACCGUUCCUUCCUUUUUCCUGGCGAGCAGGUUCAUAUACUAGCGUGCCUGUCAGCUUCUAAGCAAGAUAGACAGGUUAUAUCCCCCUUUAGAAUUGCUGCAGUGAUGUCUAAGAAUGGAAAUUCUUUGCAAAACUCUACAAAUAAAUCUAGCCCUGUCAGUGCAAAUGGUCAUGAUAAUGGAGAAGCUGGAGAAAGUGGCUAUCGGGAUGUUGAACUCAAUGGUGAAGGCUGUCCUUCAGAACAUGAUAUUUUGGAGACUCAAUCUCUCCUUCAAAUGGAAGAUCAUAAGCAGCAAAUAGAACAUAUGUUGCAAAGAUUCAGAGAAUCCAAUUUUUUUGUCCGAAUUGCAGAGUCAGACGAACCUCUCUGGUCCAAGAAAAGAGUAAAUGCAACUACGACGACAGAGGACUGGUCAGAUAGCCAGGGAAAUAGUAAGACCUCAAGGAGUAAUGUUUACAAUACCAUUUCUGAUAAAGGGAUGUUUGAUGGUAGCACAUCUGGGGGAGUUGCUCGAGAUACUGUGAAGUGUUAUUCUCUGCAGAAUGGAGACAUAGUGAUUGUUUUGCAGGUGAAUGUUGGGGUUAACAAACUGGAAGAUCCUGUGCUUGAAGUUCUUCAGUUUGAGAAAAGUACACCAAUUAAUUAUAUGCUUGAUAAUCUUGUGGAUGGACUUUCUGACAGUAAUGAUGAUCCAUGUCGGGAGCUGAUUAGUUGGGUGCUCCCUUUAGAUCGUACAUUACCGCCUCGUUCUUUAGCACCCCCUACUCUCAGUACAAGUGUAUCACACAACUCUUAUUCUGCGCCUGGGUCUCAAAUAUUUAACUUUAGAAGCUACUCCAUGCCUUCACCCUCUUCUGUGACACCGAAUGAUAUAAGACCACCACAAAUAUCUGAAAGUCAAGAAUUUAUACAUGAAAAACCUGCAAAAACCCCUGCUAUUAUUAAUGAUGGGCAGCUUUCAUUUAGAGGAGUUCCUUUGGAACCUGAACGAUAUUCUGUACGUUGUGGUCUAGAAGGUGUGUAUCUACUGGGUAAAAGAUGGCGGAGAAAAGUUGAAAUCAUUCAACCAAUCGAGGUUCAUUCUUUUGCUGCAAAAUGUACUCUGGAAAAUAUUCUCUGUGUCACAGUAAAGAACAUUUCUCCUACUCAUGCGAAAGAUAUAGUUGUGUUCAUUGACGCAAUUACUAUCGUGUUUGAGGAGGCAUCCAAAGGAGGUGCUCCUUUGUCAUUACCAAUUGCUAGUAUUGAGGUUGGGGAUGGUCACAACUUACCAAACCUAGCACUCAGGAGGGGCGAGGAGCACUCUUUUAUUCUCAAGCCAGCAUUUAUGUCCUCAAGGGAAUGGAAGACCAACAGUGACGCACCUCUGGCUUUGUCACUCCCAACAAUGACUGAAUCUACUUUAAAUAAUCAUACACCAAGGGUUGGUCAGCCAUAUGUUGCUCUAGGUGACCAGUAUGCUGUAGUGGUAUCUUAUCACAGCAAUUACACAGAAUCGAAACUUUUUUUCAAGCAAGCAACAAGCUGGCGACCCUCUGCAGCUAGCGAUCUUAUGAUAUCUGUAUCAUCUGAACUGUCUCUACGAAAUCCAAGUCUGGGUGCUCGAGUUCCUCAACUGCCCGUUCAGGUAUUAACACUCGAAGCUACUAAUAUGACAUCAGAAAACCUUACGUUAACUGUCAUUACUCCUGAAGCAUCUGGUUCUUCUUCAGUUGUAUCCUUAAACUCAGAUCCAGCCACCCCAAAUGGUUCUUUCGAUGGUGUUAAUCAGUCAGAAAAAAGAUCUGGAUUGGGAAAACAUGGAAUCGGCUUUCAAAGAUUGAAUUCUGUCCUAGCUGGAUCUCCACAAGAAGGUGACAAUGGAGGAAAUAGAAUGAGUAAUGCUUCAGACUGUACUCAUCUGUGGUUGCAGAGUGCAGUGCCCCUAGGGUGUGUUCCUGCACGUUCAAGCACCAUUGCCAAACUUGAGCUGCUUCCGUUAACAGAUGGAAUCAUUACAGUUGAUACACUUCAAAUAACUGCAAGUGAGAAAGGCCUUGCGUACAUACCGGAGCACUCUUUGGAGAUACAUGCCACCUCUGUCAUGUUAUCAGGAAGGUCAUAGGAUAUUUGAGCAUCAAGUAGUGCACUGUUUUGUAUACUGGGGGUCUGAAACAAACCUGUUUGACGAGUGUGAGACCACCAGGCCAAAGCAUUCGUUGCUCAUUUGUAUUGGAUGGACACAGGCCACUCAAUAUAACUGAAGAAUGGUUGCUGCCUACAUGGAGAAAUGGGCACAGUAUUAUGUACUAUAACAGCGGCACAGAUCCAUUCAUUUCAUAGACAGCCCGCUGAACUGCGGGUGUUGAUCUCCACAAAGGCUUUUGCAAUUUGUAAUUUGUGUUGCAUAGUUUUUUAUGUCAUUUUGGUUGUUGUGAUGUUCGUUUUUGUGCUACGUGGAAACGUGGCAUCCCACUCUUGUUGCCGGGCAUUUGUACCAUAUGUGAUUUCUUUUUAACAUUUGCCAGCUUAUGUUAGAGUUGUUAAUCUGAUUUUGCAUCAUUACUA